AUGAGCUCAAACACGUCUGGCCAUCAGCCAUUGGUUGGUUGGCAAGACAGCAGUGAUGACAGAGGAUCUCUUGACGUUUUAUGGUCAUGUCUUGUUACUUUGCUGCUAUGCGCCUGGGUUUCUACGUACCCCAAUGCUGGCUCGCCUCACGACAAAUGGUACCACCCACUUCUCGAUAAGUUCAAUCUCGCUAUUAUCACGUUUCUUGGUCCGGAUUUCCUUUUCGGUAUUGCUUUAGGGCAAUUUUCCAGCGCUAGGUCAAGUGUCAAGGCUUUUAAGAGAGACAGUCACUUGACCAGAGGUCAAAAGUGGAAGCUCAUACAUGGCUUCUUUGUGGAUAUGGGCUGUCUCCAUCUUACAGCGCCUGACUACUCAAUCGCCGAUGGCAAGAGCUUUCCAAUCGACGCUAAACAAUUCCACUAUCUCGUUAAACACGGCUUUGUCGAGUUCCCGGAUAUAGAUAAGCUAGAGAUCAAGGAGCGCAAUUCGGUGGAUACGCUCUCACGGAUUAUUACCGUGUUUCAAGCCGCAUGGUUCACUAUCAAGGAACUUGCGCGUAUCCACAAAGGAUAUCCGAUCUCAACCUUGGAGUUAACGACACUGUCAUUCUGCUUUAUUACAUUCGUGAUAUCAGCUCUCUGGUAUCAUAAACCUUCUAUCUCUAAGCCUCAAUUCAUUACCACAAAAGACGACAUCACGAUCGAAGAAAUUCCACAUAAGCUACGAAUAAAUUUUGUAUCUCGACCUGUUUCCCGAACACCUUGGGACCGAGUACCUUCAGAUAUCUGGCUGAUCCCCGAACCUUGGUUUGCUCCAGGAGCGGCCCUGAUCUUGAUCGGCUUUAGCGUCAUAUUCGUCCUCGCGUGGAACUUCCAGUUCCCAACUGCCUCCGAGAAGCUCUUGUGGAGGAUCUGCAGUGCUUAUCAUGCCGCAUUCAGUAUCUACGGGGGAGCCUACUAUGCGGUUGAGAUGUUCAAGCCUAGCAAAAGAAAAAAGGCGGCGCCGAUUGCUCAGCUCAGCAGCCAACUCAGGACCAACAGCAUGGAGUCCAUUGAGAUGGAAUCUCAGCGCAGAGUCACCUUUGGGCGGCGCAGAUUCUUGCGCUUUGUUGAACGCGCUAGGGUCUGGAGAAAUCUGUCGGAGGACCAGGAUCCGGAAAUGGAAGUUCCCCUCCGGGUCAUCAUCCCCAUCACUGUUGCGUGUUUUGUAUACUGCCUCUGUCGUUUUUAUAUCUACAUCGAAGACCUGAUCUCACUACGGUUACAGCCUGCGGAGGUGUUAAUCCACCUAGGCUAUAACGCUGGUAAACUCACUGGCAAUAUCACCAUUCUCCCAGGGCACUACAAUCUGCAGGAUCUUUAG